CUUAUAUAUCAUAGUAUGUGAAAUUUAUAAAGAGAAUUACUCACACAUGGCCUGAAGUUUCAUUUUGAAGGAUUGUGCUGCAGGGAGUCAAAAAGGCCAUCCUGUCAGUGUGAAAGCCCGAGGAAUACAUCGUGAUGGGACGUCAUUAUCCCAUUUAAGUUUUGCUAGUGGAACAGAAUUUGUCCUUGUCGGGGUUCCUGAUGGCCAGGGAGGACUGACAAGAUCAGCCUGGAUCAGAAGUUGGGAUAGAAAGGAACAAAAUCUGACUGGCUGAGUUCAAAGCUUGGAAAUCUAAAGCGAAAAGCUGAGUUAAAUUUCAUGAACCUCUUGCAGUGAUAUAGACUCUAUCUUUUCUAUGAUAUUCCACAAAAAUUGAGUGUUUAUGAGGCGCUAUACACCAAGUACCAAGUACAGACACACAGCCAAACAUACCAUGUCACACAAACAUACCAUGUACAUUUGUCAUUCUAGUAGUAUAUAUUUUUUUAAAAAACAAAUAGGAAACGGAACAAGUGUGAAAAAUCAUUAAUCACUCAGAACAAACACAAACAGCCUAGACAGGCGUGAAGUAUUAGAGAGAGGGAGAGGGAGAGGGUCAGUUUAGGAGGGAGACAGAAAACAUAGCAAUACCAGUAAUAUCAGCAUUGAGGACUAAACUGAGAAUUUUAUCCUUGCUUUUCUGCCAGAGAAUUUAGUCAUAUAGUGUGAGUAUUCCUUUAACUGAAUUGACUGCCUUUAUUGGACUUUAUUAUGAAACUAUGACUUUGUGAUUGCUAUCCAGGUAUCUUUAUGAGUACAAAUCUCAGUGCAAGUCCCCAUCAGAAAAGACUGAUAAUCUAAGUGACUGGCCUAUUACAGGGAGAAUAUUACUACUCGGACCAACUUGACACGUGCACCAGAGGAAGAUGGAAGGUACAGCCUGUUUCCCAGUAAUCUGCGCCACCUGAAAACGUGUUGCUGCGGUAUGAAUCGGACCAUGCUCAAGUUAUUCUCUAACGCAUUAUACUGUAUGAAUUUGCCAUAAUCGCUGCAUUAUUUCCUUGAAUUCGAUGAGUACUUGGGCCUUUGUUUCCAGACACAAUAGACCAAAUUCAUAAAUCCUACCGUCAGAUUUAACGUUAUGUCAACAGCAAACAACCCCGCGGUAACACGCUUCCUCAUUCAAAUAUAUUGGUUGAUGGGGUUUUUUACCGCAUUUUGUCCUUAUUUGCAUACUGUAUUAGCGAAUCAUAAUAGAAAAAAUAACAACAACAAACAAAAAUAUGAUAAAUGUCCCGGUAAGAAGAUAUUGAUUGGAUGAUAUUUUCUUUAACAAUGUUUUGUCAUGCAUAAAAGUCAUCAACAAAGUAAAAAGUAUAAAAUUAUGCAUCUGUUUGGACUAAGCACAUGCUGUGAACAUGCAAUAGCAGCAGUACACGAAGAGCGUGACAUGCCUGAGCAGGAUCGCAAACUGCCACGAACUUUUGCUAUGACGUUGACACCGCUGCACUAAUUAUCGCCACUGUAACUGACUAGAAAUUAAAUGGUGUGUCGCAUAUUUUGUGGGGCGUAGCCAUCAGGCUUUAUGAAUCCACAAAACAGCGGGGUAACGUGGAGCAGAAACAGAGGGGUGUGGUAACAUGCAAAGCGUGCGCAGCUCUGUGCUUCAUACUUUUCCCACUUUAGUGCACACAGUAAUAAAUAUGGUGAUGUAUGCAUGUGCGCACGAUGAAAAGUAUUUUUUUAAUGUUUGGGAUUACUCUACAUAAGCGAUCGUGUGUGUCUCAUUUGCACUUGGUUAUGUAGGGCACUUGGGACAACAGAGAAGUGACAAAUGUCAUGUACUGUGUGCAGUGCAGGCAUUUUGAAAAUCAUUACAUUUUCCACAAAACACAAGAGGCAAUGAAAUGAUAUACUUCAUUGGUUCUCAACUUCUGUUUUAGAGACCCGGUUACCUGCACAGUUUUAAGUUCCUUUCCAACAGAUCAUUGUCAUAAUCAUCACCAAGUCCUUCAUUAGCAAGAUCAGGUGUAUUGGGAGUAAGAACAUUUUGAAAUUGCCCAGAUCAGUGGGUCUCCACAGUACUCUGUUACUUUACAACACAGAACUAGUCCCCCCCCCCCAGAUCCUAAGAGUGAAUUUUCAAUGCAUUUCUUUCUGAAAUCCUUUUGCAGAUGACACACCUUUGACCUUCCCCUGUGAACUUCCCUGUGAACUUCCCUGUGUCGUCAUGGAUUUUGUGUUGCCGACCUGUGUUCCCUCCGUGUGUCAACACUCCGCAGACCUUAACCACUCCUUUCCUUGCCUCCAUGAGCCAAACACAAGCCCAACAGCCCCUUCUCCACUCAGCCCACCCACCUUCAGCAUGUCCUACUUCACCAUGAGCUUCGGAGCACUGUCAAACUUAAUGGGCCUGGCCAUCCUCUGCAUGUCUCAAGUCCGCUUCCACCGCCGAGCCAAGACGCCGUUCCUCUUCCUGGUGGCGGCUCUGCUCCUGACCGAUCUGGUCGGUCACCUGGUCACCGGGAGCUUCGCCCUGCAUCUGCACCUGGGCCGAGUCCUUCAGCACAGGGAAGAAGUCAGGGGCAUCGAGCCUCCUCGGAGGCUCUGCAAACUGUUUGGCGCCUGCAUGGUCUUCUUCGGCUUGAGUCCUUUGCUGCUGGGCAGCGUCAUGGCCGUGGAGCGUUGCGUGAGCAUCACCCAGCCACUCCUGCACUCCACUCUCAUCACCACAGAUCACGUGUGCUUUGCCGUGCUCCUGCUCUUCUCCUUGGCCUUUGCUUUAGCAAUGCUGCCCCUUGUGGACGUAGGUGGGUACACACCACAGUUCCCGGGUACCUGGUGCUUCCUCCCUGUGCUCGGCACCCUUUCCCCCAUCGAUGCUGGCCUGGCCUUGGCGUUCUCAAGCCUGGGCCUGGUAGCACUGGUAGUGUCCGUCUUCUGCAAUGUCCUGAGCGGGCUCACGUUGCUGCACAGCCGGCUCAUUAAGCCAAGAUUGACGUCGACCGCUGCCAGGAGACAUGCAUCAUCUGUGUGCCCGACUCUGAAUUCCCUGGACGUGGAGAUGAUGGUGCAACUAUUGGUGCUAACUGUGGUUUCAUGUGUCUGCUGGAGUCCGUUUCUUAUUUAUAUCUCCAUAUCUGUGCGACAGUUCUACAGAGGCAAUGUCAGAGUGGAUGAGCAGUACAAGCAAGUGCUGCUGUUGGCCUUGAGGAUGGCCGCCUGGAACCAGAUCCUGGACCCGUGGGUCUACAUCCUUCUGAGGCGGUCCGUACUGUCCCGGUUGUGCCGCCUGCUCCGGCCCCACGGCGCCAUCUUAACCCGGAGUCACUCCUGCACAGGCUCGCAGAGACAGGAAAUCUGUUUAUACUGA